UCCUCGGGCAGUGGCUGAGAGGAGCCAGUGCCGAGCUGCCCCCUCCGCAGCCGGGACCCGGCGAAGCCGCCUCGCUCGCUCCGGGCACCGCGCUCCCGCAGCGGGCGCCUAUGGGCAUCCGCACCGCGCCGGGGCUGCGCACCACCGCCGGCGGGCGACGACGGCGACCCCGCUGCACGCCGCCUCUGGAUCUAUAGCCGGCAGGACGGAGCGCGCCGCAGACCCUUCCCCGCCUCGCUGCAGGAUGAUUUGGAAAUUUGCCUUGUCGGUCUUCCUGAUGGCAGCGCUGGUUAGACUAACAGACACCAGGAAAAACCGCCCUGCGGGAGCCAUCCCAUCCCCAUACAAAGACAGCAGCAGCAACAACUCGGAGAGGAGGCAGCAGCUGAACAAGGAGGUGCUGGCCUCCAGCCAGGAGGCGCUUGUGGUCACUGAGAGGAAGUACCUCAAGAGUGACUGGUGCAAAACGCAGCCCCUGCGGCAGACUGUCAGCGAGGAGGGCUGUAUAAGCCGCACCAUCAUCAACCGCUUCUGCUAUGGGCAGUGCAACUCCUUCUACAUACCGCGGCACGUGAAAAAGGAGGAGGAGUCCUUCCAGUCCUGUGCUUUCUGCAAGCCACAUAAGGUCACCUCUUCGACAGUGCAGCUGGAGUGCCCUGAGCUGGACCCACCUUUCCGACUCAAGAAAAUUCAGAAGGUGAAGCAGUGCCGCUGCAUGUCUGUGAAUUUGAACAACUCGGGCAAAUUGUGAGAGCAGGCGUGUAGCUACUAAUUGGUGUUGUCUCCGCCAGACUUACUGCUGCCUCUCCUUUCCUGUUGGGCAGACUGUCUCUUCUUGGUUUGUUUUUUCCUUUUUUUUUGUUUUCUUUUUUGUUUGUUUGUUUUCUUUCAGAAGGCAUCUCUCCAGCAAGGAAAGGCUCCUUGUCACUUGCCUACUGGAAUAAAGCUUUUUAAUGGGCUGUGUUAUGCACUUCACCAUAAAGUUUCAGCAUAUGUCCAAUAUCAUCUGGCGGUUGAACCUUCCGGAGUGGAGCAGGCUCCCAGAAGUUGGGAUUGAUCAUCUAAGUGACCAGUUGGCUGAAUCCAGCAUUAAAUGUUUCCACUGUGUGGAGUAAAGCCCCCUGCCCUACACUCCAGUCCCUUCCACGAGAAGAGAACGCCUUCCUGGUGCGUUGGUCCAGAGCUUGCUGCACUCUGAUGUGCUGGGGUGCGGCCCAGAACCGGGUGAUGCAGACAAGGAGAGUAGCAAGGAGUAACACGCGGAAAGAAAGUGAGACCCUCUGAUGAGGAUCAGCUUCUUAAGACAGCUUUAAUUGUGCAAUGACAAACUGUUCAGGGCUUGUAGUCUGAACUGCAGAUGAGAACUGGAAGGGAGAGGGCGAAGCAUCAGGUCAGCCACCAUGAUCACAUCAGCAGAUUGAAGAUGGAUUCUUAUGCUGCUGUGGCUGGAAUACACUGAACAUGUGGUCUCUGCAGCAGUGUUUGUUUUGUAACCUAGUUAUAGUAAACAGCUGUUUAAAGUAUUAUAGACCUAGCCAUGUAUAUUUUUCUUGUGGCAGAAUAUGCCAGAGAUUAAAAUGUGUUGAGUAAGAGAUUUGCUUGCUAGGUCAGCUGCCUGGCUUAAAAUGAACGUUUUAACUAGGCUUUUAGUAGGUUUUGUGUGUUAUAUAUGUGUGUGUUUCUUACUUCAAAAGGACAACAUCCAUUUAUUACCUUAUAUUUAUGCCUGCUCAGACUGGGAAAGGUGGAUGGGUAGUGGGAGAGGAGCUGAGAACACUAACAGUGUUUCACUUAAGGUAUAAAAGCACUGUUGCACAAAGAACAAAAUUCGGUCAUUGCUGGUCCGAAUACAAAAGCGGCCUUAUGCGUUAGUGUCAUCAGGUGUUGGGAGUGGCACCUCUCCCAUGACUGGAAACCAUGCUAACAUUUUAGGGUUGAAGGACAGACCCAUCAGUCAGUGCUGCGGGAAUGGGUCACAGCUGUAUGAACAGGGAGAGAGUCAGCAGUAAUCACUACAGCUCUGGUGGUCCACUGUGCUUUUGAGUUCUACAUAAUCAAGUGUUGGUGAACACUUGCAGUUCAUUUUGAUCAUACUAUGUUGUUAUUCAGUUGGUGGAGUUUAGCAUGUCCUGUAUAUCCUGUUUGUUCCAGUUCUGAUCUGUAUUAGUACCAGCUGCAUUAAAAUCCUAAGAUGUCUAAAAACAAACCAGCCCCUUUCCCCAAACCAAAGCCUAUGCAUGCUCAAUCAUCUGAAGCUUACAAAUUAAAAAUGACAAGUUGGCUCCCUGAUGCAUGAAUUAGGGUUCAGCAUCUGUGUCUACUGAAACCAGCUUGCUGUGAGAACUCUUUCCUGCCAGUCUCUUUACAUGCAGCCACUUCAAGGGGUUAACAUGUUUAGGCAUCUGGCCAGCCAAAGAGUUCAGUGCCACAUUAUGCGAGACAGGCUGCUCUAAGAGGCUUUUGGGACUGAGCUCCACAAGAGCUCACCAAGCGGUUUAUGGGGAUUGGCACAGGCAGGAUGAGGUUGGUCAAGUAUGUAGCCCUGUUAGGUUAACAGCCAUAGGUUUUCUGCUGUGAUCGUUCAGAAGUGCACAGGGAGACCCUUCACACUGGGUUGCUUUAGAGGCUGUCACUGCGAUGCUGCCAGAGUUAUGCCAGAUGCUGCCAGCCACCAAACAGGCAAUGUUCAUUCUAGGCUUGAUAGUAUCAAUGAGGGUGUGGGGGAAGGUGGCAAUAGCUGUAAUCUGUUAUGACUCCAGGGAUCUCAGUCUCCACUUGAAAGAAAUGAACUGAAAGUCAGGCAUUUUGGACUGGAGAGAGAAAAACACCCUAGUGACUUCAGUUAGGAAAAAUGUGCAAGAAUCUUUAAGCUAUGCCCUGCCUGUUUUUUUCACCAGAUUGCAAUAUGAAUAUGCUGCAGCUUAAAGCUCCUUCUAGGAGCUGUGUUUAUGUAAAAAUUGAGUUGAGCUUGUAAUGGUUAAAACUGUAUUUAAUUCUUGUUUUAUAAAUGAAAACAAAAAUGAAGAAAUGCUAUAAGUAUAAUGUAAUUAUUUUAUAGGUCUACUAUUAAAUUAUAGAUUAAAUAAUAAAGCUACUAUAGGGUUAUAUGUCAUCCAGGUGUACAGGUUUUACUUCAACACCUUGUGUCCAGCCACUCUCUAAUCAGUGUAUUUUCCAGCUUCCUUUUGACCCUACUAAAUGCAGGUAAAUGGAUUUUCCUAACAGCUUGGGAAAGCCUAGCUACUGUUCCCCUUGUCCCCUACCCCACUGCUCCACUGCAAAGGUACCUGCAAGUGAAGAGAGAAAAACUAAUAGCAGAUUCUGGAGUCAUUUAUUCAUGUACAAAUUCUGGCCUUUUUUUGGUUAACUGACAAGAGGGCAACAAAAGCUCCAUCACUGGCUGAACUGCUGACAUCAUUUGUGGUAAGAGAAGUAACUAUUAUCUCAACCUGAGUGAUUUUACUUCAAAUGCAGGUAGAUCCUUAUGUAAUAGGCACCAACAUACCCCAUAGGAAAAAAAAAAUCUAUGUUAAGAUAUAGGUGAGUUUGAACUCUUGCUAUCAACUCUUGAAGGAGUACACUGUAUGGAUCUCAAAGUAUAGGGUAGUGUGUAUUGCUUGCUUGUUUGUU